UAAAUCUAUAAAUAACACUAAAGCCCUUUCCUUUCCUUUAUAAGCCUCUCUCUCUCUCUCACUCUCUCUCCCCUCUCUUUCCUCACUACGAAGUAAACCCUGUUUCUGCGAGCAAGGAUCAAUACGCCGAUAUGAGCCGACAUCCUAAUGUGAAAUGGGCCCAGAGGUCUGAUAUGGUCUACAUAACUAUUGACUUGCCGGAUGCCCAGGAUGUAAAGCUUAAACUGGAGCCUGAAGGAAAGUUUUUGUUCUCUGCUACUACCGGACCAGAGAAGACACCUUACGAAGUUGACCUUGAUCUCUAUGACAAGAUAGAUGUAAAUGAGACCAAGACUACUGUUGGCUUGAGAAAUAUCUGUUACCUAGUAAAAAAAGCUGAGGAUAAGUGGUGGAGCAGGUUGAUAAAACAGCAGGGAAAAGCUCCUAUCUUUCUGAAAGUAGAUUGGGAUAAAUGGGUUGAUGAAGAUGAGGAGCCUGAAGAAGUUAAAAGUGACGAAGGCGGUCCAGGUGGGUUUGGAAACAAUAUGGACUUUGGGGGACUUGGAAACAAUAUGGACUUUGGAGGACUCGGAAACAAUAUGAACUUUGGGGGACUUGGAAACAAUAUGAACUUUGGGGACUUUGAUUUGUCUAAGUUGAACAUGGGUGGCGAUGGCUCGAAUGCUGACGCACUUGGCAAGUUUGAUGCAGAGAAUGAUGAUAGUGACACAGAGGAUGAAACUGUUGACCAACCACCAUCCGCUGCUGGAGAAUCUGACGCCAAACCUCUUGCGAGUGCAGAGCAUGACGCAAAGGCUUCUGCCUGAUGAUGCAAUAGAUUCAGAAAGUGGGCGGGUGUUACCACAAUGGUCGAAGGAUGAAAGCCUUUCUGCAGCAUCUUCCCUGUUUUAACAUGCACCUGAAUAUGUGUUUAUUUCCCGAUACGCAACUUUGUGAUUGCUUUGCUUCGCCUUCACAAAGGGGUUUUCCUUUUCGUUUUGCUUUUGGUUUUGUCACGAGGGGUAGCCUGAUUUAUUAUCUUUCUGCUUACUGUGAUUCGCGGAUAUUGGAAUUUACCAUGUAUUAGAAGAUAUUAGCUUGUUCAUUACCGGUGAUGAUGUAUGGUUGAUUUGUCCAUCA